AUGAAGAACAACGCUGGUUAUGCCGCGAACGGUUUUCAGCGGUCUGCGCCGCCGCAGCGUCGCGGCCCCUACAGCUCCUCUGAGCUCCUCGCUGAGUCUGCGAGGCAGCAGGACUUCAACCCGAUUUCCAGCUCGCGGGAGAUGCGGAAAAUAAUGUACUACGAGCACAUGUUCUCCAAGCUGGACAGCCAGGACAAGAGCAAGAAGAGCACAAGCAGCAGCGCGCAGUCGUCCGCCGGGAGCUCCCUGGAGCACCGUAGCCGUGACGAGGGCGAGGUUUCCACGUCCUCGAAGGGCGCGUCUAAGAAUCCCAAGCAGGGAUCCGCCAGGAAGUCGUCCGCUCCCCCCGCCGCCGCGGACCACGGCUACGGAAUGUACAACACCCAGAAAACCGAGAGGGGCGAAAAGGCGUCGAAGGCAGAGGAUAGAGGCUCCGGGUCGCACCAGAUCCCCAUAGAACAGCCUGUAAAGCAGCAGCUGAUGAUCGCAAAACGGGAUGCCAUAUCCAUAAAAAUCAAGACCCAAAGCUACAAAGCGCCGUCAACUCAAGGCUCGCAGAGCGCAGAAUCGGUCCCCAAACACGAAACCGACCGCAAACCGUCCGCUGGCGGCGAGUCUGGCGUCGGCGUGGCGCGCAACCUUCUGAACGGGGUUGAGGAUGGUGCUUCGCAAUCCUCGUCGCCCGGCAUUCACAGCAUGACCGACAUCGCAGGGACGAAAAUAUCGAGGCUGCUUGGGAUCGACCAGAUUACAAACAGCUCCACGGGCCUGUCGGCCUCGCAGCGGCAGUGGCUGGUGCCGACGUUCGACUUGCGCCAAAGCGCUUCCAAGGAUGGCGAACGUAAGAGCCAGUCUACGGGUUUCGAUUCUGAAACGCGUAUGGUGUCGUCGCUCGACAGCUCGACGGAUGGUGAAUCGUCUAAGAAGGGCAGCGGCGAGGCGUCGGCCUUGCACGGCAGCCCCGGCAGCGCCCGCGAGUCUUCUGAAAUUAAGAUUCCGCGGGUGUCUUACCAAAAUGAUACCUAUACAACUCGCGUUCAGUUAAACGAUGAGUCUAGGCCGCGGCGAGUCAGCCGCUUCUCAGCGCCGCUGGUACCGGCCACUUCGCAUAGCGCCGAUGACACCAGGAUCCCGAGGCUAAAAUCGGAGUUCACGAAGGAUAUCCUGCCGUCGCUAAGCGCCGAGCUAAAACGCGACUCUUUGGAGGCGGCGGUUCAGGGCGGUAUCGACUUCCCGCCCGCGCCUGUGUACCGGCACAGCGGUUACCGUUUGCCGCAGGCGUUUCAGAUAAAGGCGGUGAUCCCGCCGGAUCCCGCGUCCGAGCGUGAGACUGCGCAGGCAUAUCCGGCGUCCCAGCCCAGCGACUCCGCUGCUGACACAAGCGUCACUGCGGAGCCCGCCGAGGAGGCGCCGCAGGCCGAGAAUGCCGCCGCCAGCAGCGAAUCGCACGAACCGCCCGCGUCGAAGGAAGAACCGGCGGAGGUAAAGCAGGAACCCGCUUCCCAGGAUGUACAACAGGGCUAUGAGUUGGAGGGCGAUCAAAUGGACAUUAUCGUGAACGAGGAGGACAUGGAGAUCGACGCCGUGAUGAAGGACGACGUGAUGGACUACGACCCCGUGGUGAAGGAGGACGAGGACGAGGAGUACAUCCCCGAUGUCUCUCUACCGGCUGUCGAGGCGACACCGAGCAAGAAAAGCACGCGGAGGAAGGUCAAGAAGAGGAAGGCCCCUACGCCAACGGUGACGCCUGCCGCGUCGACGCCGUUGAGUGACGCUGCUCCUCCUUCGGAAUCCGCGACCCCUGACAGCACCGUCGCCGAGGAGGUUUACCCCGAGCCUCCGCCGGUCUCCAGGGUCACCCGUACCCGUGCUUCCGCCAGGAACGCGGGCAGGCGCAGGAAGGGCGGUGCUAUCGCACAAGACCAGGACCCCGACGUUCAGCCGGCUGUGAAAACCCCACGUAACGCUUCAAGGUCGUCAGGUCGUUCGGGUUCCAGCGGCUCCAGGAGAAACGCGUCGGAGUCCGCUGGCUCCAAAUCGCAACACCACGGAGGCGGCCACCAUGCGGGCGGCAGCGCGGCCGACCGAUCGCAGAAGCCCGCCUACGCCGCUUCGCGCAUCGUCAGCGUGGAGGAGGCUGAGAAGAUCAUGGAGCUGUACCGUCAGCACAGCGCUGACCUGGAGAGGCUGAAGAAGCUGCUGCUCGCCGGCGACCUCGCGGGGUUCGGCCGGGAGGUCGCCGAGCAGGCGGAGAGUAGUCAGCCGAAGCGUACGUGCAUCCUGCACCCCAGGCUCAUCGUGGCGCGUCCGGUGGACCCGGCGCCUGCGCCCCCGAGGGAGCAGCCGCCGCAGAACCCGCUUGAGCUAUCGCUAAAAUACAGGCUACUGUCUAAGCUCAUGAACAAGUGA